GUGUGUGUGUGUUCCCAUCACAACCAAGAUGGCGGCGGAGCGGACAGCCGGCUCGGCACAGUGAGUGACAGGAGAAGCAGCCUCGGUCGGUUGGACAGCUAACGGUUAGACUCUGAGGGGGAGAAAAAUACAAUAACAACACCUCCCUUACCGUUCAUCUCACCUUCUGUAAUGCAACAGCGUCGGUAGAAGCCAGACACCGUCCGAAGUUGUGUGCGAGGACUAAUCUGACGUUCACAAGCGGGGUAGUUGGCGGGGAUGGGAAAUGAUGGAGGACAAAGGCCCUCGUGUAGCCGACUACUUUGUGGUGGCCGGUCUGACGGACCCGUCCAAGCCGUUGGACCAGGAGAUCCACUUUGAUGAUGUCUGCCACAAGACGGCCAAGCCUAAGGCACCCAUCACAGAUGUGGCAGUGGUGAUCCGCUCAGCGGGGGAGGAGGUGCCGCCAGGGUUCACAUGCAUAGAAACAACACCGACAGGCCAAUCGGCUGAUCUUAACAACGGCGCCCUCAUGGCGCCGCAGAUCUUAUUGUGCUACAGGCGAGGUUGUGACAAGCCACCGCUAACCGACUUGGGUGUGCUGUAUGAGUGGAAGGAGCGUCUAAAGCAGGGUUGCCACCUUAUCCAAACCACACCUUCUGGUCGCCCAGCCAACAUCAGUGGUAAUUCCUCCCAACGCAUCUACAUCACCUACCGCCGGGCUCCCGAGAGCCAGCCGCACGCCGCCUUGGCUGUCACAGACGUCUGCAUCAUCAUCCCGAGCAAAGGGGAGACCCCACCACACACCUUCUGCAAGGUGGAGAAGAAUCUCAACAGCAGCAUGUGGGGAUCCUCAGUCUACCUGUGUUACAAGAAGUCUGUGGCCAAAACCAACACAAUAGCGUACAAAGCAGGUUUAUUCAGCAGAUAUCCAGAGGAGGACUAUGAGUCAUUCCCUCUGCCAGAGUCUGUUCCUCUCUUCUGCCUUCCCAUGGGGGCCACAAUUGAGUGCUGGCCAGCUAACACCAAAUACUCCCUCCCUGUUUUUUCCACCUUUGUCCUCACUGGAGCCUCUGGAGAGAAGGUUUACGGUGCUGCCAUUCAGUUCUAUGAGCCCUACCCACAGGAGUGCCUGACUGAUCAGCAGGUCUCCCAGCUGGGUCUCCAGAACCCUGACCCACACAAACCCUCUCCCUCCAGCUCUAUGGCCGCUGGCACCAGCAGCACCGCAAACGGCAGCCCGUGCUCGGUCUACACCAACAAGUGUAUCUGCCUGCUCUCUCACUGGCCCUUCUUCGACGCUUUCCGCAAGUUCCUCACAUUCCUCUAUCGCUACUCCAUCUCAGGCCCUCAUGCCCUGCCCAUUGAGAAGCACAUCUCCCACUUCAUGCACAAAGUUCCCUUCCCUUCCUCUCAGAGGCCUCGCAUCCUUGUGCAGCUUUCCCCUCAUGAUAGCCUGAUGCUGAGCCAGCCGGUCUCUUCUCCGUUACCGCUCAGUGGUGGUCGAUUUUCCACACUGCUCCACAACCUUGGGCCAGAGAACGCUGUCACCUUGCUGGUGUUUGCUGUCACUGAACAUAAGAUCCUGAUCCAUUCACUACGACCGGCUGUACUGACCAGUGUUACUGAGGCUCUCGUGUCUAUGAUUUUUCCAUUCCACUGGCCCUGCCCGUAUAUUCCUCUGUGCCCCCUGGCGUUGGCUGAUGUGUUGAGUGCCCCCUGUCCGUUCAUUGUAGGUGUGGACUCUCGCUACUUUGAUCUUUAUGAUCCCCCUCCGGAUGUCAGUUGCGUGGACCUGGACACAAACACCAUCUUCCACCAUGAAGAUAAGCGAGCCCUCACAUGGAAGAUCCUGCCAAAGAAAGCUUGUAAAAACCUAAUGAAUGUGCUGAAUAAUCUCUACCAGCAGCUUGUUGAUGGUCAGUACCGACCAGAUGGGCUGCUGGAGCUGAGCAUGAGCGAUUCGUCAGAGCUGAGCUGUGGGAAGAGUCUCCACACACUGGAGCUAGAGAUCCAGGAAGCCUUUCUGCGCUUCAUGGCAGCAAUUCUGAAGGGCUACCGCUCCUUCUUGCGCCCCAUCACUCAAGCGCCUUCAGAGAAAGCCACAGACGCUAGCUCGCUCUUUGACUUGCAAGGGUUCUUGAAGAGCCGCGACCGCUCACACCAGAAAUUCUACUCCCUAAUGACGAAGACCCAGAUGUUCAUCCGCUUUAUCGAAGAGUGCUCCUUUGUCAGCGACAAAGACGCCAGCCUGGCCUUCUUUGACGACUGUGUGGAUAAACUUUACAAUUCAGAGCGGGGUGCAGAUAAAGGAGGCAAGGUGGACAGCGACAGGCCGGAGGAGACCCGGCUGAUAGAGAUUGAUGAAUCCCAGCGUAGUGAGCACACAGUCUUCAUCACGCCUCCAGAGCUGCCUCCUCUGCCCGAGGGAGAGGAGCAUCCACUAUGCUACAGGUAUGAUGGUUUCCCAGUGUUGAGUUUAGAUCUAUUUGACCCCGUGGAGGGUCUGCGGACACCCUCCUCCCGCCUCGCUGCCAGGCACAGCUGUCCCACCAGUCCUGCCCCCAUGUUUAGACGCACCAAGCAGGAGAUCAAAUCAGCCCAGAAGAUUGCUAAAAAGUACUCAUCCAUCCCUCAGCUGUGGUCUAAGUGCCUGCUGCGUCACUGCUACGGUCUGUGGUUCAUCUGCCUGCCAGCAUACGUGAAGGUGUGCCACUCCAAGGUGCGAGCGCUUCGCACAGCCUACGACGUCCUCAGGAAAAUGCAGGCGAAGAAGCUACAGCCCCCUGAUGAGGUCUGCUACCGGGUGCUGAUGCAGCUGUGUGGACAGUAUGGGCAGCCUGUCCUGGCGGUGAGGGUCCUCUUUGAGAUGAAGAAGGCUGGAGUCCACCCCAACGCCAUAACGUAUGGUUACUAUAACAAGGCAGUACUGGAGAGCACAUGGCCCUCCAGCACCAGAGGAGGAUACUUCCUGUGGAUGAAGCUAAGAAAUGUCAUACUGGGCGUGGCGCAGUUCAAACGGGCGCUACGACGACACGCAGGCCUCACCCAGAGCCCUCUGUCAGAUGGCAGUGACCUGGACGCUGUGAGUCACGGCAGCCUGGAUAGCUCUGCCGACACUAACCUGGUCGAGCAGGGCCCCUACGCCGCCGACUCCGUCAAAGUAGACCCCACUGAUGAUAGAUCUAGCACAGGUGAUCAGUCAGACUUGGGUUAUAAUUCCCUGUCAAAAGAGGAGGUGCGGAGAGGAGAACCCGCUGGCCAGGACUCUGCCCCUGACAAAGACGACAAGAAGGAGAGCGACUGCAGCUCCUUGUCAGAGACAGAAAGUGCCAAGGGAAGCAAAGAUUGCCUCCCUCAGCUUGACUUGGAGAUGAGUUCUUCCUUCAGACCCCGUGGCAUUGUUCGCAGCAGCUGUCCAUUUGAUGACUCAGCCUGUAAACCCAAGAGCUCCGCCAGUGCAGACCACGUUGCAGGUCUCCUCUUCACUACCUCCCUGGAUGAGAUUGGUGAGAUUCAGACAAACAGUUUGCUCCGGAGACAUAAGAGCGCUCUGGAGGAGGUGAUGGGCAGCGCCAGCAGUGGCUCAGCGCUUGACUGGCAGGGCGUAAAGAGCCGUCGGCUGAGUGGUGACACUGUGGGCAGCAGUGGGAGUGGCACCACUGUCCUGGGCCUGGGCAUGAGCCAGGGUGAAACUGAUCCAGAUAAAAUCGCAGGACACCUGGGCGCAGAUGCUAAAAUCCUCGCUGGUGCCAACUUCACUAAGACUAGGAGGCCUCAUUCUCUGGCUCUGGGUGGGCUCGAGGGGGUGGCUGCUAAGUCACACGCUGCCAGGAGUAGUGAUCACAGGGAAGUGGAUGAGGAGGCGGAGCGGCAGGACUCCAGCGAUGAGGACAGGAACACUACAGAGGCCAUUUUUGAUCUAGAGGAUUUGGAUUUCGAAAAGCCCUCUAAGGGGGCAAAACCUUAUAAAAAACCUGUUGAACGCAGCGCCAGCUAUGGUGGUGUGAGCACCAUGACAAACAGAGGCACUGUGAAGCGCACAGGUAUUGAAACAGGCUACGACCCUCUCUCCCUCCUGGCAGCAGAGUCUGAUCAGCAAAAUGAGGAACGGUACACGGAGGGGGACCAGGCCAGCACUCCUAGUGCCCGGAGGCACCUGGCCAGGGAGAUUGAGCUCUACAUGAACCACAUGGGCAGCCCGCUGAGCAGCCACAUGCCCAGUCUGGACCUUCAGGACCCAGCCAGCCCCGUCCUCCUCCACCAUUCCUCACUCUCUGCUUCCUCCCGCAGAGCCAGCCUCCCCCACAGCUCCCCCCUCAGGACUGCAGGAGUCCCUCGCUCCCGCACCUUCCAGCCGCCGUCGCCCUCUCAGCCCAUCUCGCGCCAACGGCUGUGGUCUUCACCUCCAUCUCGAAGCUCUAGCACCACCCCCAGCCCGAGUCCUCGACCCAGCCCCUACAGAGAGAGGGCGGACAGGAUGAGCCUGACGUCACCUUCGCUCUCCUCCUCCUCUUUUGCUUUAGAUACGCUUCUGACGCCAACACUGGAUGUGUUCAAGACCAGCGUGUUCUCUGCUGGGAAGGAAGUAGCAGAGAAAGCGAGCCGCUGGUACACGCGCCUUGCCACAUACACAACACCCACCAAGGACAGUCAGAGUGACCAUUUGAGCGUGUCCUCCCUCUGUGCGGGAGAUCCAGACUGCUCCUCACUGUUAGAUGACGAAGACUCUGGAGACACAGAGCACUCAAUGGUCUUUCCAUUGAGGAAUGGCCCUGUUGGCCCUCCAGGACCUCGCAGGAGUCCCAGACGCAGCCCCCUCCGCAGCCAUCUGGACAGUCCCACUGCAGGAUCGAGCCACAGAAGACCCACAUCUCUGCUCCCUGGACUGCCUGGCUUCUCUCUGCCAGACAAGUCGGACCUCAGCUCUUCACGGUACACCAGCAACACUAGCAUCUUCAACAACUACGCCAUGGAGCUGCUGAUCUCCAGCUGUUCUCGCUGUAAGACCUGCGACUGCCUAGUGUAUGAUGAGGAGAUCAUGGCCGGCUGGACAGCAGAUGACUCCAACCUGAACACCACCUGCCCCUUCUGUGGAAACCCCUUCCUGCCGUUCCUCAACGUGGAGAUCAGGGACAUGCGAGGACCUGGCAGGCUCUUCCUGAAAGGCAGCCCAUCAGUAGAUGAGGCGAUGACCUCGUCAUAUUCUGCCUCCACAGGGUUGGACACAGGGACGUCCACCUUGUCUACGCCCUGUCCCACGACAGCUGUCUCCCCUCCGUCCCCUAUGAUUGCUAUGCAGGAGUGCUCAGCAAGGUCUCGGUCAACCAGGGAUCAAGGCAUCAAUAUACCCGUAGAACACCGGCAGGGGGCGCUAUCCUCUGGAGCUCCUAUAGUCCGCAGUGUCAGCGCCUUUGGUCCUCUGGAUGAAACGACCCGACAAAACUGCUGUUUGCCAACAUCAGGCAGUCUGCCCAGUUGUCUGAACGAAGCCACGGACCCACUGAGUAUGGAGUGGCGGCUUCACAACCCCGAGCCUGUGACGGUUCCCUACCUGAGCCCGCUGGUGCUGUGGAAGGAGCUGGAGAGUCUGCUGGAGAACGAGGGCGACUCAGUGAUCACAGAGGCUGACAUGGUGGACCAUCACCCCAUCAUCUACUGGAACCUGGUCUGGUACUUCAGACGGCUGGACCUGCCCAGCAACCUGCCAGGUCUCAUCCUCACCUCUGAGCAUUGCAACAGAGACUCCCAGAUCCCUCGCCACUGGAUGUCUGAGGACAGUAAACACGUGUUGAUCCAGAUCCUGUGGGACAACCUCAAGCUGCACCAGGACCCCAUCCAGCCUUUGUACAUCCUCUGGAACACAUACAGACUUAAUUGUACUCUGUUGUUAGAGAAUGUUGGUUACCCUGUGUCUCGGCCAGUCCCAGAGGAAGAAAAGCCGUUCAGUGAGGAGCUGCUGCACAGUAUGGUGAAGAGCAUCCAGAGGAACGACGUCAGCCGCCCGAUGGCUCAGCUGCUACAGCUGAUGGGCCAGACACUCGGGGUCAAAAGGCAAAGGAGUUUGUACAGGGACAUCCUCUUCCUGUCCUUGGUGGCUCUGGGAAAAGAUAACAUUGAUAUUGACGCCUUCGACCGUGAGUACAAGUUGGCGUACGAUCGCCUUACACCCAACCUGGUGAAGCUGACCCACAACUGUGACCGUCCUCCGAGCACAGGUGUCAUGGAGUGUCGCAGGACUUUUGGAGAGCCUUACUUGUAAAGAGUCACCUAAACACACUAUGAUUAACUCUCAUCAUCCUCAUUGUUGCUUUAAGACUAGCUCAGGAAACCAGUUGGAAGACCACGAAUGUGCACUACGGGAAUGUUUGGGGGAACUCUGUAAGCGCUCAUAGGGGUACAGGUGACUGUGGACAGCAUUAUGUAGCCUGAAGUUUUAGAGACUUCUAUCUAUGAGGACAGAAACACUACACGCAGCGUUCAUAAACUCCUCUCCAUGCAGUGUUGAGUGAGCCGCAACAGCUUUCAUUGGGAAUGAGUGACAGUGAUGCAGAUAUCCUGUAAAUACACAACAGGAAAGGAUUUUUUUUUUUUUUUAAAUGUACCAUUCUUAUUGUAUAUCAUUUCACCAUAUGAAGACUAAUAUUAGCAAUAUUUUAACUGGAACUUUAUUUAUACAAAGUCAGCUUAUUUAUUGUACCGUCCUUUUGUUAUGUGCAGUGUUUGACUUUGUCCUGUGGUCGCUGGCCGUCUUCUCGUCUUGCAGUUUUAAACCAGGAAAAAUGUUUUCGCUCAGUGUGGAAAAGAUGCAGUACAUGUUUGGUGUGUGUUUUCAGUGAGCUUUCUAUGCUUUAUGAGAUAGAACUUUUUUAAUUAGAUAUGCAUCGAUUUUGAAGACAGAUUGCAUAUUGCAGAUUGCACAGGCUUUCUAGUUGUCAGCGAAAAGUGAAGGAACGUAAAGCCAACACGGUGGCUUACAGAAGCCCUGAGAGGCGAGUGAGGCAAACAAAAUCAAAUGAAUCUGAUAUAAAGUGUCCUGUAUUUAUGACUAAAGACCAAGCUGUGAAAAAUGGUCAAACUUCCCUUCUCUGAAACACAGGGGAAAAACAUGAUCCUGCAUUUACAAAGCAUUUGCUUUUCACUGUUUAAGCCAUAAACAUCAGAGUUACAAAAUAGUUUUUUCAUAAAAAUAAACAGCAGAAGCACAUUACAGUGACAGAGUAAAAGACCUUAUCAUAAAUUGCAUUCUUGCACACUCGUUCACACCAGUUCAGAUUAAACAGGACAUUUCAUUGUAAAAAAACAAUCAUGUUCAUUACUUUAAAUCAGCGAAUGUUAUGACCCUGAUCCUCUCAUGGAGCGAUGAAUGCUGAUUAUGUUAAUCUUUUCUUGUACUGAAGAGCAUAUGUCCUAAUUACCAGAUCACUUGUCAGAGGAAAACGGUAUGUUUGGGGUUUGUUUACAAAAAACGAUUUCUGAGCUUUAAGCUAUUCAUCCUCAUGAGAAGUACCACUUUUAGUCUUCUUCAGCAGGCUGUUUGUACAUAUCAGUGUUACAGAGGUGUUACCGGCCCUAUAGGAAGCCACAUAGCGGUGAGGAAGAGAGCAGAUUGCGGACAGGUGAGUCUUCUGCAGCCAAUCAGCAUUAAAGGUCAAUCAGAGCGGUUAACAGGGAUGGCAGAGAAUCUAUGAUAGAUGGAGCAGUGAGGCAUGUGUAACACCUCCACCUUCACCUCAACCACAAAAAAAGAUAACAUAUCAGCCAAACCAUUGUUUUUUUACUUUGAAACUUGACUUGAUGUUCAAAGGCUGUAAAAAUAAUAGCCAACACAUCCGCCACUGGUAUGAGUUACACAUGAGUGCGUCACAUUUGUUUACAUUCAUUUUCGUGGUCUAACCCAAAUCGAGAGAUGAAUUUGGGGUUGUAAGAGUUCACAGCAGUAUGAAUUAGUUCAAAUUAAAUAUUUUAAAUGGCAAACAUAUACACAGUCAGCCAUAAUAGCAAUAAUAAUAAUAAUAGUAAUGAUAAUAAUAGUAAUAAUACUACUACUACUAAUAACAAUAAUAAUAAUACUGAACCUUUUUUGUAGUUUUUUUGUUAUUCACAGUUAUUUCUUUAAUUCGUGAUGAUAACAGCAGACUGAAAUUUAAAGUCAAAGUAAACUUUAUUUGUCAUGCUGGCUAGACAAGGACGGCAUAGUGGAACAAAACUGUGUUUCUCCUAGAACACCGUGCACUAUAGUCACAGUAAUUAUACAGGAAUACCCAGCUAAGAUCAAAAUCUACAAAUAUUGCACAGCAGAAACUUAGACACUAUAUGUGACUCUUUGUACUGAUGAAUAUUAAAAACAUAGGUGCUCAUGUUAUGCAGACACUGAAAAAAUUGCACAAAGUAGCAGCAGUUACAGAGACAUUUUGUGUGAGAGUUUGCAUAUACAACAGUUCUUGGACUGUGUGUCUGUGGUACGUGAUAGUGUGUAUUUAAAGAGAGUUCAGGACUCUGAUACUGCGAUAGUGUUUUUUAGAGGGCAGGAUGGUAAACGGUUUGCGUGUCGGCAGCUCUGUGCAGGGAGGAUUUGGUGUGUGGUCCUGUGUAGGUGAGAGAGGAGACCUGGCAACCUGAUCUGGUGUCUUCGCCAUUCUCUGAAGUUUGCGCUGAGACGUUACUCUCUGUAGUGCUUCUGUGGGAAGUGAUGAGGGCAGAAGGGAGUCGGAUUGCUCUUCUUGACCGCUUCAAGAAGCGCAAGCGCUGCUGUCCGCCUUUUAAUGAGGAAGGUGGUAUCUGUAAGCCCAGGAACCCGGUGCUGUUAACUAGCAGUGUGGCGCUGUCAAGGAUUGUGGGUGGAGUGUGGGAUAAAUAGCGUGAACAAUCACCCUUACAACAUACAAUAUCAAUCGAUCUAUGUGACCUAAAUCACUUUAAAUGGAGGGAAAACCAAAGUGAAGUUUUGAUUUGUUGGUAACAAUUAUCCAACUAUAAAGAUAUCGAUGAGUCUUAGCGGAGGUUAAAAGAAGAGCUUGGUGUUUAUGGUACAAACUGUAAAGCCCCGCCUUUCAUUUAAUAACAGCAUAUCUGAGUGUUUAUUGCACAUGCAGCCACGUGGCCAGUUAGGCCUGUGGCUGAAUCAAAUGACUUUAAUCUCAUUGCCUUCCGCUUCUAUAUCUUUUUAAUACAAUAAUCCAAAUUAUUUUAAUGUCUUGGACCUCAAGGUGGCUCCUGUUUUUUGUGUUGUCUCUUCUUUGCUUGUCUAUGGAUGCAGGUUGUUUCUUUUUUAAACCCACCGAGCAGCCAGGAUGCCAGAAUCUUUUGGGAACAUAUGUGGAGAAAAGGUUUAAAUUUUUCUUUCUGGCAACAUCCACUCAUUAGCCAGUUUUAUUAGUGCUGUAUCAGACUAAAGCUAAAUUGAGAAUUCUUAUUUCAGCUAGCAUAAACAAACAGUAAAAGAGGACUUUAUUAUAAAAAGUAGGAUUUAUGAAUGUAUAGCUUGAUACCUGCAGAUGUUUACACCCUGAGGUUUGUAUCCACCAUUAAAUUUACUAAAGAUUUAACUUUUGGACAGGUGUAAAGAUAACAGAGUUCAACUUUGCAAAGAGCCUACUUCACUUGAAUAUAAAGUUCAUAUUUUAAUUUUUGAAAUCCUUAUGGGGUUAUUUAAGUUCUAGAGACCGUAUGAUGUUCUGUUGGGGAAAAUCAAAUGGACCCUGGAGUGCAUUGCCUCUGUCACUUAUAUUUGUUACUGCCUUAGUGAGGAUAUUAAUCCAGCUUUGAAAGGCAGAGUGGUUGAAGGAGGACCCCUGGCUCUGAAAUGACCAAGGUCCUAUGAAUAUCAGCCAAGUCUUUGAUUUGUGGCAUGGCUAAGCAAAACUGGAAAAGUUUAACAAGUUGCACGUCUUUGUCCCUGAAAAAAACCCCAAACCUUUAGGUGUGGAAAUCUCUUUAACUGGUGAAUUUUGAUUUGGGAGAUGACACAUCAGCUUAGAAAAGCUGUGAUUCAUUUGUGGAUUUCUAUUGUGUUUAAAAGAAAAUAGUACUGUAAAAAUACAUGAUUAUGUAGAUUCUGGGCCAUGUACAUUUGAAUUGCCCUUUGUAUAAAUCACAUUUUAUAACAGUGUAUUCACACAUGUGCAAAGGUCCUUUUAGAAGUGGUGAAGUUCUGACGUUCUGUACAGCGACCAGAUCUACAGGACUGUUUAAGUGUAAAUAAAAUCAUGUACACCCUCA